AUGUUCGCGCAGACAGUAUACCGAAGAUGCCUGCUACACAGAAAAAUUCUGGAAAACAGACUUAUAUUAAUGGCACUUUCACCUAACGCUGUCGCCCCGUUAGUAAAGAAUACCUUAGGAUACGUCGCAAAAGUCGCCGGGGAAGUGGUUUACCUGAUGAAGUGUGUCGAAAUAACUGUCGAGCUAAGGAGAGAAUCCCACUGUUAUGAAGAAUUACCAGUAACAGCCUAUAAUAAAAGCUACUUUAUGACCCCGAUCACAAGAAUUUUACAACAGCACGGAGAACAGACGGAAUGCAACGCUCUUAUUCCACCCCUAUAUAACCUAGAUAACCAGUGGGUAGGAUUUGACCCUUCACCCUCUACUGGAAUCAUCCCCCGUGAGCUAGAAGUCGACGCCGAAGAAAACUACCCCCUCAUGUCGAUUAAAGAUUUAGGAGCUGGAGGGAUUUAUACGGAUAGUGAAAUCCGCAGGGCCCAAAACGAAAUGAUUUUCGGCCACGAAAGAAAUGUACUAAACAAUCUAAUUAUUCGAAAAAUGGCUGGGCAGACAGUCCAAAGUCAGGGAUUCUCCUCUUUAAACUUAAUUGACAAAGAAGAACUAGAAAAUUUGGCAAAUAGUACAAUACAGAAACUCUAUGGGUACUUCACCAUUAUAGGAGAAUGGACCAGUGGAUUCCUUGGUAUUUAUUUCAUAAUACGAAUUAUAAAAUUCUGCAUUGAGACAUUUAUGAAUGCAAUAGCCAUUCAUAGGCUAAACGGAUGUUCGUUCCAUUUAUUAGCAUCCUUUUGGGAUACGCUUACACUGUUCUUGCUUCAUCACAAACAAAAUCAGGCAACCAAAGAAGUUAUAAAAUUGAAUAAAGCCGCCGAGGAACAGUCACCAUCCCUCUCAGACCCGAAUAUAGCGCCCAUAAAUAUCGAAAUUGUACAGGAAGGAAUACAAACGCCAGCACUUAACCCUCAAACGUCACCUCGUGCUUUUGCUAACCUGAGAAAAGAAUUGGCUAGACUACCACCAGUUAAUUGGAACUUAUACGGACGAAAGGAAUAA